CAUACGCCACUACAUAACAGAGCGACUUCACUUUUCUGUGGACUCUUUGUAAUUGUUACGUUAAAAUACUCCGGGUGUUUAGACGUGUGUUAAAGCAUAAAUCUUACAUAGCCCGAUCAAGAUUUCGUUAAUUAAUCAAUAAAAAACAAUGUGGCCAAUCUUGUACUGUGGCCUGUUGGCCCAUGUUGUGAUGGCCCAGACGGCCACCAUCCCCGUCAACGAGAGGCCAUUCUGCUUGCAAGGCCUCAACUCAGCACAAACUGACCUGAAGCUCACGUGCCCCAGCGGUCAGUACAUUCAAAUCCAGAAGGUCACACACGGGGUCACAGCCUUAGGGGUGUGUAAGAACGACAGUGCAGACGACAUCUGCUGUCCAUCCAACACGACAGACCGGGACUUCUGUCUGUACAGCAACAUGGACAGCCUGUCCUGCCGCUGUACGGGACAAAACAGCUGCUCAUUCCCUGACCUUGUGCUGAGAAAGGUCGAAGGUCACUGCGACCUGGCCAGGUACAACGGGAUGUUCUCCUUCAUCAAGGUUGAUUACACGUGCAAUGACGUCAGCGUCGUGUACUGCCCCACCAGCUCGCCCGCGCCCACGACAGACGGGGGGUGGCAGCCCCCCAUCACCACCGAGUACCCCAACUACCUGUCCAUCGGCGCCCAGGCCGGUAUUAUCGUCGCCAUCAUGUGCGGCAUCCUCAUCAUCGCUUUCGCCUUCGUCAUCUACAAGCGAGUUCGCGACGGCCCUCCGGAAGAUUUCCGGAAACUUUUCAGCAAGCCCCCACCCCCAGACGAUGAGGACGUGCUACACAUGACGGGGUACGGCCAUUCCAACUUCGCCACGGCAAUGAACACGUCCAAGCCGAUCCCGUGGAUCCCCGGGGAGGCUCAGGAGGAGAUCUACAAGACGAUCGUCAACGAGAGGAGGAGGUCAUCCACGCCCAUGGUGAUCACAGACGUCCGCAGGAAGUCUUCCACACCCAAGGCCAUCGUUCAUGGACACGAGUAGUGGGGGGUAGUGUUUGGUGGAGGGGGUCAAUCUUCCACACCCAAGGCCAUCGUUCAUGGACACGAGUAGUGGGGGGUAGUGUUUGGUGGAGGGGGUCAAUCUUCCACACCCAAGGCCAUUGUUCAUGGACACGAGUAGUGGGGGGUAGUGUUUGGUGGAGGGGGUCAAUCUUCCACACCCAAGGCCAUCGUUCAUGGACACGAGUAGUGGGGGGUAGUGUUUGGUGGAGGGGGUCAAUCUUCCACACCCAAGGCCAUCGUUCAUGGACACGAGUAGUGGGGGGUAGUGUUUGGUGGAGGGGGUCAAUCUUCCACACCCAAGGCCAUUGUUCAUGGACACGAGUAGUGGGGGUUAGGGUUAGUGUUUGGUGGAGGGGGUCAGUCUUCCACACCCAAGGCCAUCGUUCAUGGA